AGAUGUGUUCUUGGUUCACCAUCCAUCCGAGUUGAAAGUAGGAGACGUUUGCCCAUUGUGUGGAGCAAUGGAGAGUUGAGAAAGUGGUGAUGCGCCACUGGUGUGAAGUGUCACUGAAGCUCACUUGCAAGCUUGGACCUAUACUCAAUCCAAGCUUGAGGAGGGGAGUUUAGUGAGCUUCCAAGCGAUCCAAGAAGUCCAUUGCAAGCAUCUGAAGAAGGAGCCAUCCGGGCUUAGGCUUUGGCGAGUCUAUUCAAGAGAGUACUCAAACUAAGACAGAGUACUCUUGGCUGUGAGAAGAUGAAGGCAACUCUAUCAAGGCGGCUUCUAGUGUGAAGUGAUUGAAGAGAUAGUUGAAGCUUCCACAAGCAUUCCAUGAAGAUGUCAAGAUCAGAAGAGAAGCUGCAAUGGUGUGUGUGUGAGGAUCAUGAAGCAAUCCAUUCAAGCUUGUUCCUGUGAGAGUCUCAAGCUUGAGGGGGAGUGUUGAAGCUUACAUGAUCCAAGAGAGCUUGGUGGUUACUCUAGAAGAAGAAGAAGCAGCCAAGACUCAGUAAGAAGAAGUUGUAUCUCCAAGAAGAAGCUGAUCUGGUGUGUCCGAGCACUUCAACCUAACAAGAGGUUAGGUGAAAGGGGGAGAGACCAAGAUUAGGCAGUAAGGAGAGUACAAGGCGUGGGAUGAUUGUAGAGGCCAUGAUCCACAGUCUUUAUGAUAUGAUCAUGGACCAGUCAAACAAAGAAGAUAAUGGGAGCAUGGAAGAUCCAGCUGAUGGAGGAGCUCUAGCCAUAUCUGAAGGUCCUAUGACUCGAGCCAGAAGCAAGCAACUCAAAGAAGCCAUUGGAGGAUUACUUAAGACAUCACUGAAGCAAGAAGAGAGUCUUGGAAGAAGCUUGAUCAACCAAGACACACUUACCACAAUUCAAGCCAUCUCAGCUCCAAGAUAGACAUCAAAUGAGCAAGUAACAUAUGUGUGCUCUUUUUCCCUAUCUUUGGUUUUGUCCCACUGGGUUUUCCAAAGAUAGGUUUUUAAUGAGGCCAUAUGUUGCUUUCCUAUCACUCAUUUGAUGAUCUCAGUUCAAGACUUUAUUUUAAUUAUUUAUCUUUGCUAGACUUGAGAAUUAGGCUGCCAGACUUGAGAAUUAAGCUGCCAGACUUGAAAGCCCUUAUAAGGUUUUAUAUGGGUUUUAUAAGGUUUAUUUUUAAGGCCCAUUUAGAGACCAAGGAGCAUGUUCCUUGCUUUCUCUAUAAAUAUGUGUCUGAAAAUCCUAAUAGAGUUAUCCAAUAUUUAUUUCUAAACUCUUGUUUCUCUCUAGUCGGCUGCAAGCUUGUCUUGUAGAUCUGAGUGUUCUUGAGUCUUUGUUAGUGUGUCAUAUCUAACAAAACCACAAGAGUGAUUGUCUUGGUGUGUCAUAUCCAAGGGAUUCACUUAGGAGUAUCAAGGAGACCUCUCACAUCUCUUUGUGUCACCAUUCAAUCCACACACCUUGAAGUAGAUUGAGUCUGUUGAUUCUCUAUUUGCAAGGAUCUAUCCCAUUCCAACCAGAGAAGCAUCCUAGGAGUGUAUUAUGUGAUAUCAGAGCAACUCUGGCUAGGGAAGUUCUCGAUUUCUUUAAGCUUUUACUAGAUCUAUUCAUUUUUUUUUUCAUAACCAUUGCUAGAUCUGGGUUUGUUGUCUUAUUUCUGUCGAUCUGUUUCACUCUGAGUUCAAUAUUGAUAGAUCUGUUGUUCUGAGCUUUGAAAGUGAUAAAUCUGAGAAUUUUUAUUCUAGAUCUGUACUGAAUCUGUUCAUCUUUUGGUGUUGUUGAGUUAGAUCUAUUGUUUCUAUCAGUUUAUCAUCCGAUCUGUUGAUUAACUUGUGUAAACCUGAUAGAUCUGUUCUUGUUUGUCGAAAAUCUGAGAAAUUUUUAUUCUAGAUCUGUGCUGAAUCUGUUUCAUCUCUUGUUUGUUUUCCUUAUUUGAUUUUGAUUUCGAACUCCUUACUGGUUGAGUGUUAUCUUUUGGUUUCAGGUACCAAUGGGUAAUUCAACUGAUGAAGAAGCAGAACUAAUGAGGAAGAACAAGUUGUUGAUGGAAGCCAUGACUAAUCAACUCAAUCAGACUAUGCUUACCAACAUGACUGAGAUGAUGAAAGAAAGUCUGAAAGAGAUCAGAGAAGAGAUCAGACAAGCUACUGGUCAGGGUCACAGUAAUGAAUCCAGGAGGAACAGACGGACUCAACCACAACAGGAGCAUGCUGGUUCACAAGAGACUGACAACUACUAUGACCGCAACCGAUCUGAGCGCAGUAGCUCUUCCUCUAGGGACAGUAGGAGGAGGCAUAGGCGUGAUCAUGAUGGAAGAAGACUUCACAGGGAUGAGCUUGCUGGUUUAAAGCUUAAAAUUCCCCCCUUUCAUGGGAAAGUUGAUCCGGAUGCUUACUUAGAUUGGGAGAAGAAGAUAGAGCUUGUCUUCAAUGUGCAACACUACUCCAAUGCCCAAAGAAUUCAGAUUGCUGCCACUGAGUUCUAUGACUAUGCUUUGAGUUGGUGGGAUCAGUUGGUGACGACUAGAAGACUUAACCAGGAAUAUCCAGUUGACUCAUGGAAUGAGAUGAAGUCUCUUAUGCGCAAGAGGUUUGUGCCAAGCCAUUACCAUCGAGAUCUCCAUCAGAAGCUUAGAAGACUUACCCAAGGAUCUAAGACUGUGGAAGAGUACUAUCAAGACAUUGAGAUGCUGAUGUUAAGGGCUGGUAUCUUGGAGGAUAGAGAAACUACUAUGGCCAGGUUCCUUGGAGGGCUUAACCGUGAGAUACAAGACAGUGUGGAGAUGCAACACUAUGUGGAGAUAGAAGAGAUGUUGCACAAAGCUAUUCUAGUGGAGCAGCAGCUCAAGAGGAAGGGUAACUCACGCAGCUAUGGAUCUUCUAGGUUCCACCACUCUAAGGAAGAGAAAACAUCCUAUCUGAAGGAUAGCAAGCCUCAGCAGAAAGAAGAGACUAAGCCAAGCAGCACAUCCAGCAAAGACAAAGGCAAAGCUGAAGCUACUAGAGACUUUACUAACAGUUACUGA